AUGGCGUCGAUGCAGAGCUGGCGCAAGGCCUACGGCGCCAUCAAGGACACCACCACCGUGAGCCUCGCCAAUCUCAACUCGGACUUCAAGGAUCUGGAUGUGGCGAUCGUGAAGGCUACUAACCACGUGGAGUGCCCGCCCAAGGAGCGACACCUGCGCAAGGUUGCUGCGGCGACGUCCAUCGCCAGGCCUCGGGCGGAUGUCGCCUACUGCAUCCAUGCGCUUGCCCGCCGUCUUGCCAAGACCCGCAACUGGAUUGUUGCUCUGAAAACACUUGUAGUAAUCCAUAGACUUCUUCGCGAGGGUGAUCCUACAUUUCGAGAAGAGCUUCUUAACUUUACACAAAGGGGACGGAUUCUGCAACUUUCAAACUUUAAGGAUGACUCCAGUCCAAUUGCUUGGGAUUGUUCUGCCUGGGUGCGCACAUAUGGUUUGUUUUUGGAGGAAAGGUUGGAAUGCUUCAGAGUUCUGAAGUAUGAUGUCGAAGCUGAGCAUUUGUCCAAACAAGGUCAAGGUCCUGAAAAGGGUCACAGUAGAACAAGAGAGUUGGAUUCACAGGAUCUGUUAGAGCAGCUGCCAGCAUUGCAGCAGUUACUAUACCGACUUGUUGGAUGUCGGCCUGAAGGAGCUGCAAAUAAUAACUACUUGGUGCAAUACGCUCUAGCUUUGGUGCUAAAAGAAAGCUUUAAAAUUUAUUGUGCGAUAAAUGAUGGAAUUAUCAACCUUGUUGAUAAGUUUUUUGAGAUGCCAAGACAUGAAGCACUUAAAGCUCUUGAAAUCUACAGAAGGGCUGGCCAACAGGCUGGGAGUCUAUCUGAUUUCUACGAGAAUUGCCGGGGUUUAGAACUUGCUAGGAAUUUUCAGUUUCCCACUCUGAGGGAGCCACCACAAACAUUUCUUGCAACUAUGGAGGAUUAUGUGAAGGAGGCUCCACGCAUGGUCCCAAUUCGAGAACCCCUGGAACUUCCUGAGAGGCUUCUUCUUACUUACAAACCUGAAGAAUCAGAGGAAAUUCCUGAGCCUGCUCCUGUUGAAGAGGAAAAGGCACCAGUUGAAGAACCUGUUCCGGUACCACCUGUUACUGAAGUUGUUUCACCUCCUCCCAAGACUGAGGUGGCCGAUACUGGUGACUUACUGGGCUUAGAUGAUCCAAAUCCUGCUGUAUCAGCUAUAGAGGAAAGCAAUGCUCUUGCCUUGGCUAUUGUUCCAACAGAUGGUGCUUCAACAACUGGUAACACUGCAUUUCAAGAUAAGGGGUUUGAUCCUACAGGAUGGGAACUCGCCCUUGUUACCGCACCGAGCAACACAACUUCAUCUUCUUCUGUCGGUCAAUUGGGUGGUGGAUUCGACAAGCUCAUUUUGGACAGCCUUUAUGAUGAUGGGGCCUACAGGCAGAGGCAACAGCAACAGCUGUAUGGUUCAGCAGCACCUAAUCCAUUCAUGACAAAUGAUCCUUUCGCCAUGUCAAACCAAGUUGCUCCCCCACCAUCAGUUCAAAUGGCUGCCAUGUCUCAGCAGCAUCCGCAGAUCCCCACGAUGAUGCAACCAAAUCCCUUUGGACCACCUAUGCAGCCACAGAUGGGCAUGGGCCCUGCAACAAACAAUCCCUUUCUGGAUUCUGGCUUCGGGGCAUUCCCAGUGGCGAACAGCGGCCAUCAGCAACACAACCCAUUUGGCAGUGCCCAACUUCUGUAG